CUGAUCCCUUGAAAAAUUCGAGUUAUCGAGGUUCGACUGUAUUUUGUAUUUUAUUAGCAGUACUCACAUAGUCGACAUGACAACCCACGUAGAAUAGACGCAGAAUAGAUGAAUCGAUGUUGCUCUUAAGGAAUAAAGGUGCACCGCACGAGUGCAGACUACGGAAUGAAGCGCAUGCCACGAUGAGAAAAGACGACUGCAUUUGCGCGAACUUCGACGAAGAAUGUGUCGUGGGGUGACACUUUUCUUUUACGGGAAGUAAGCAUCGGUUGAAUUUCCCCCAUUUCGCACCCUCUGUCGAUCGAUCGCUUAAUCACCCAUUCUUUUCCCCCAGGCAAAAACAUCAAGCUGCGAGUGUUUCGAUCUUACGGUACCAAUCUAUCUAUUAUCUAGCAUUACAUUUGUGCUGAAUUAAGCAAUUUAGAAUUUAUGCGAAGAAAGAAAAUUUUAAGAUAGUUUAUUGAUUCUUCCACAGGGAGGGGAAUACGCCGAUUCCUCGCCACCCGUUUCGUAGUCAGACGCAAUACGUUCUUCGCCGAGGGAUGAUCUGUGUUGUGUCCCAACAUUUCAACUUCAAUAGAAUCAUUUUACUCUCGAUUGGCUUAUGGCCUUAUCAACGAACGAAGUUAAUUCAAUUCCAGAUGAUGUUGUUUUUUAGUAUCCUGAUUAGCUGUGUUAUAUAUCAAUUUUCAGCAUUUGUUUUUGUAGACUGCACUCCUGACCUUGUCUUUAAGGUUCUUUCUUUGGCAUUGUUUUUUUGUAUGUACACAAUCGAAUACAACUCUUUUCGAAUUAAUAGUCAAACUGUAAGUUGCUGGUUUUUUAAUGUAUUACCCAUAAACUGUUCUUCACUCAAAUUUAUUCCAAAAUUUGAACAACAAGACGAAUGUCGAAAACUAUUUUCGGUACCACAGAUGAUAUUGUCAUUGGAACAACUUCAAUGUAUCUGUGACGAUCUGAAAGACGAAAAAGAAAUCAAUAUUAUGAAGAAAUACGGAACAGAUGCGAAACGUUAUACAGCUUUAUUCGUAUGUAAGAAAACAUAUACUGACUUUCAAUACACGUCGUAAAUUCGGAAUAGAUUAUAAUAAAAAUAAAAUUUCCAGACAACAUAAAGUUUUAAAAUCGACGCAUAAGACGUCUUUUUUUAGUCCUUUUAGACUUUUAGAUAGUUUUCAUGGAACUAUCUGAAAGACAUCUUAAAGACGUCUUAUGCUUCAAGUUUAGACUUA